AUGUUUAUCACCCAUUAUCUCAUUUUCCAUUGCUAUUUCAUAUUCAGAAGUAAUUUUUUUUUUCCAGAGAGUGUGUGUUACUGGCCUCCAGAAACUGGGCCAUGUUUUGCGAAUUUUCAGCACUUUUACUAUAAUAAGGAGACCGGCACUUGCCAGAUCUUCACCUAUGGUGGUUGUUUAGGAAAUGCAAAUAAUUUUGAAACUAAGAAAGCCUGCAAGAAGAAGUGCCAAACAGGUAUUUGUUCAAAAGUUGGUCCAUGUCAUCGGGCUUUACAGCGCUAUUACUAUAAUAGGUUUAAGGGCACAUGCGAGCCGUUCAUCUAUGGUGGUUGUCAAGGAAAUGAAAAUAAUUUUCUUACUGUGGAAGCCUGCGAGAACACGUGUAAUAGAGGUAUUUGUUCUGUGUGUCAUUUUAUAUUGCUCAAUAUUAAUUAA